AUGUCAGUGCUAAGCCAAUUGCUGCUGCUCAACUUCAAUCAGAAAGCCCAGUCGAGAUCAGAACACAAUUUAGAGCUGAUAAACUCCUUCAUAACAUAACAGAGAGCUGUCGAUCAGCUCGCGAAUCGAACGAGAACCAAGAGACGCGAAAAAUAUACGUUUUACGCCCGUACGUUAGGGAGAAAAUCGCAAACAUUUUUUACCGGAAGAGAAAAAAGAAAUCAAA